AUGUCACAAUUAACUAAACUUGCUUUAUAUGACAACGGAAAUUAUAGUAUUUUACCAGAUGGUAGAAAAUGGGAAGAACUAAUAAAAUCCUCAUUACCAUUACUGAAAACUUUUCAAUUUUGUUUUUAUUUUCUUUUUUAUCGUAAUACAUUAGAUAACAUUAAUCGAGCCAUAUCUUCGUUUUCUACUCCAUUUUAUCUAGUAGAAAAGUAUUGGUUUACUCGAUGUGAUUUCAAUAAUCAAUAUUCUGCAUUGGGUGCUUUAUAUACAUUGCCUUUUGCGUUUCCAAAAAUGAGAAUUGAUAUAAAUUCAUGUGACAUGAGUACAUCAACUUUAGUUACAAGUAACAUUGACAAAAAACAGUACGAGUCAUAUGAAAAAGUUGAAACAUUACUAUAUAAUGAAAAAUGUCAAAGACCCUGUGAAGCUUUUCUUACAUUCAACAUUAGUCGAUUAGUUCUCAAUACUAGACUUCCUACAAGUUGGUAUUUUCUAUUAAACAAUUUACGGCAUCUUAAAAUUCGAAGACAUAUAGUUAUGUCUGCAACUGGUUUUGCAAACUUCCUUAUGAAUGCACCUCAACUUCAGUCAUUAACAAUACUUAUUUCAGUCUUAAUUAAACUAACAGAUUCAUUUACAAAUAAGACUGUUUGUGAUCAAUUAUCUAAACGAAUUCAAUCCUUAACUAUAUCUGAUACCUCGUCAAUUCAUGAAUAUGAUCAAAAUAUGGACGAAGCAUAUAUUCUAUCUAGUAUUGUUCGUAUAUUUGGUAAUACAUGUGAACAUUUAUCAUUAAAUUUACCAACAAUUCCCCAAACAGUAUUACCAAUUUUACGAAAUAUGGAACAAUUACGUAGUUUACAUAUCUGUUAUCCUUAUUGGCGUUGUAAAUCGAAUGUUUCUGCAACAUCUUGGUUUCAACAAUCAAUAUUUGAAACUAAUGUAUCUGAUUUUUUUUUUAGUCCAGAUGAACGUAAUUUUUACGUAUGGUUUGGAAAAUGA